CUUGAGCUUCUCGAUCUCUUUACCAUUUUUCUAAUGAAGCAAUUGGAAUACUCUCAUCCAUUAAUAGCCACCUCCACCGCACACCUCUUCCACCCCAAUCCCAUUAGUCCUUGAAGCUUCUCACUUCAAAUAUUAUAUUUCUCCCUCCCUCUAUAUCGACUCUCCUCUAAGUCUAAUGGCUUCCACUUCAACCACCAAAAAAGAAAUAGCCUCAGAGCUCCUUCCCCUUAUCAGAGUCUACAAAGAUGGCACAGUGGAACGCCUCUGGGGCUCUCCUUAUGUGCCCCCAUGUCCUCAUGACCCACAAACCAACGUCUCCUCCAAAGACAUCAACAUCUCACACAACCCCAGUAUCUCAGCUCGCCUCUUCCUCCCUCAAAACCAAAUAUACCAAAAACCCCAACACCUUCUCCCCAUCUUAGUUUACUUCCACGGUGGUGGGUUUUGCUUUGAAUCCGCCUUCUCAUCUGACCACCACCGUCUCCUCAACCGGUUGGUCUCACAAGCCCAAGUCCUCGGCGUCUCCGUUGAGUACAGGCUUGCCCCAGAAAACCCACUUCCCAAUUGUUAUCAAGAUUGCUGGGAUGCUCUUCAAUGGGUCUCUUCUCACAGAACCCACAAAGAAUUAGAUGCUGACAAUACUAACAAAGAGCCAUGGUUGGUCAAUUAUGGCAAUUUUGAUAAAUUGUACAUAGGUGGUGACAGUGCAGGUGGUAACAUUGUCCAUAAUGUAGCCAUGAAGGCAGGGGUUGAGAGAUUGUGUGGGGAUGUGAAAAUUCUGGGGGCAUUUAUGUCACAUCCUUAUUUCCUGGGAUCCAAGCCAAUUGGGUCAGAGCCUAGAGGUGAAGACUUUGAGAAGUGGCUGCCUUGUAAAGUUUGGAAAUUUUUGUACCCAUCAGCACCUGGAGGGAUUAAUAAUCCGAUGGUCAAUCCGGUGGGGCCGGGUGCACCAAGCCUGGCUGGACUCGGGUGCCCUCGAAUGCUCGUGUGUGUUUCUAGCAAGGAUGAGUUGAGGGAUCGAGGUGUUUGGUAUUAUGAAUUGGUGAAGGAAAGUGGGUGGAGAGGAGAGGUGGAGGUGUUUGAAGUGGAAGGAGAGGAACAUGCUUUUCACAUCUUGGUUGAGGCUGAGACUGUGAAUGUCAAGAUUAUGAUAAAACGCUUGGCUUCUUUUCUUGUUUAGUAGAAAUGUGAAUUUGCUCAUGUGUUGAAUUCAUUGUUGACGGCUGCUUUUCAAUUCAAUAAUAUAGAACUAUUAGGAUUGGUCGUCAGAUUUUGAGAAUC